AUGCAAAAUUCGAGAGCAUUGGAAUUUGAGAGGCUGCUGCAGCCACCGGAGUGUGUUGCAAUAAGGAACUCCAGGCAGCAGGUGGCAGCAGUGAAGUUUCUGCAGCUCCAAGCCAGGUCCAAGGUCCUAGGGUCCAAAGGACUAGCAAUUCUCGUGCUUUCGUUGGCGUAUUCAGCUGCCGCCCCUGCUCUUUUUGCACUGCCGCGGACAGCCGGUUGGAAAGAUUUCUACCUGGCCCAGGAAUACCUGGACAAAUAUUACACACCGAAAGGAGAACAUCACGUUGGAGAAAUGACCAGCGGUAGCAAUUCCAUGGCCAGGAAGGUCCAGCAGAUGCAGGCAUUCUUUGGCUUGCGUGUCACAGGGAAACUGGACCAAAGCACCAUGGGAGUCAUGAAGAGGCCUCGGUGUGGCGUCCCUGACGUAGCAAACUAUCGCCUUUUCCCAGGGGAACCGAAAUGGAAAAAGAGCACAUUGACAUACAGAGUAACAAAAUAUACAUCCAGCCUGAGUCACGCAGAUGUUGACAAGGCCGUGGAGAUGGGGUUGAAAGCCUGGAGCGCGGCUGCCCCUCUGAAUUUUGUAAAGGCCACCUCGGGAGAAGCGGAUAUCGUGAUAUCGUUCCAAAGCGGAGAUCAUGGGGACUCCUAUCCAUUUGACGGCCCGCGGGGGACUCUAGCCCACGCUUUCGCACCUGGGGAAGGACUGGGCGGAGACACUCAUUUCGACAACGCAGAGAAGUGGACGAUGGGAAUGAAUGGGUUUAAUCUGUUCACUGUUGCGGCUCAUGAAUUUGGCCACGCCUUGGGCCUUGCCCAUUCAGCCGACCCGUCAGCUCUGAUGUAUCCAACAUAUAGAUACCAACAUCCAUAUGGCUUCCACCUCCCCAAAGAUGACGUGAAAGGGAUCCAGGCCCUUUACGGGCCACGGCAAUCUGGAUCCGAAGUACCACUAGUGCCGCAUCCAUCUCUUCCCAAACCACCAACUCCGGCUGAUCCAGACCACUGUGACUCCAAGUUUUCAUUUGAUGCUGUUACUGUGCUAGGGAAAGAACUUCUUUUCUUCAAGGAUAGGCUCUUCUGGAGAAGGCAGGCUCAGCUGACCUCAAGCGUGCAGCCGCUUGCCAUCACAAACUCUUUCCCUCAGCUCAUGUCGAACGUGGACGCUGCCUACGAAGUAGCUGACAGAGGAGUUGCUUAUUUUUUCAAGGGCCCCCAUUACUGGACAACUCGUGGGUUCCAAAUGCAGGGCUCUCCGCGGGCCAUCGCAGACUUUGGAUUUCCUAGGAAUGUGCUGCAAAUAGAUGCAGCUGUCUACCUGAAAGAUGAAAAGAAGACGCUCUUCUUUGUAGGAGAUGACUAUUACAGCUAUGAUGAAGCCAAAAGAAAAAUGGAGAAGGAUUUCCCAAAGAGCAUCGAGGAUGAGUUCUCGGGAAUCAGUGGCAGGAUUGAUGCAGCAGUAGAAGUAAAUGGUCACAUUUACUUCUUCUCAGGCCCCAAAGCCUAUAAAUACGACAAGGAAAAGGAAGAUGUGGUUAAUAUUGUGAAAUCCAGCUCCUGGGUGGGCUGCUGA